UCUGAAAUGUAAUGUAACGGCUAUUAUUCGAAUUCUCAUUUCAUCAAUAUAGCCAAAGUUUCUCAGUUACUCUGUCUGCGUAAAUCCAUCGUUCUCUUCAUUCUCAAAUCUCAAAAUCCAACACAUAAUCAUUUUCGUGUUCUUCAAUCUUUCGUUUAUUUCAGAAGCAAUCAAAAUUGUCAGUCAUGGAUGAAUUUGCGUGCAAUUCUCCGUCAACGAAUCACUCCCCCGAUUCCGAUUCUCCUCCUCUUCCUCGUUCUCCUACCUCCUCCGUCAGAUCCAAGAUCGGAAAGAAUAAAUUGGCAAAGGAAUUAGGUCAAUCUACAUCAAGUGGUUUGAAAAAGAUAUCGUCACAAAUCAGGAAACCUCCACGCCGCAAAACUUCUCCGAUUAACUGGUUUCCACGCAAAAAAGUGGAUUCCUUCUUGGAGAGGAAAAUUAAGAUGCUUCAGGAAGUAGAUGGAGUGAAUUUGACACUUGAUCAGACUCUUGGUAAUUCUAACCCGCAUUAUUCAAGAGUAUUGAGGGAGAAAAUGGCAGCUAGAGAAGCAGCACACAAGGCAAUGGAGGCUCGAAGAGCUGCUUUGGUGGAGGCAUCUUGGUGCCGAAUUUUACGUGCCGCGAGGAUUCCUAGUGAUGAAGCAGAAGCUCAACUAUUAAAGGCAGAGAAAAGUGCAACUGAAGCUUUCGAGGCAGCUGAGGCUAUGGGUGUUAUUAUGUUUGACUUGCCUGAUUGUCCAAAGAAGCAUUGUCAAAUAGAGACACCCUCUAUUAAUGGAGAAGGAUCAUCUACGCAUACAUUUACUGCAUCUUUUGAAACUGCCUUUGAUGUAGACAAAGAAGUCGCUGCUGCAGUCAAAACUGCGUUUACCAAGCUUGCAACACGCCCUUCAUUUAGUAAAGAUGAAUUCAAAGAACUGCUGAAAAAAAUUAGUGAACACCCUGAUACAGAUGAAAAUCAUCAGGACUUAACUGAGCUCUCCUCAGAGAAUGAAUCUGAGUCUGAGUUAGAUCCAGUGUCCCAGACAAGUGAACUUAAGUCCGAAGACUUGGCUUCCAAAAUAUCAUUUCCAGGGAUUAUUGAGAGGAAAAGUAGGAAGAGACAGUCUCUUGAAAAUAGAAUAAAACUUGUGGAUAUGAUGAUUGAGCGGUUAAAAUGCUUGCAAGAAGAUGAACUUUCUUCUCUGGCAACUAUAGUUGCAACUUAUGGUUUAAAUGCUGCCCUGGCUGAAGUGCAAAAUACCAAGCAGCUUAAUCCAGCAAUUAAUUUUCCAUCAAGAAGAAUGUCGUCAUUGGGAUUGCGAAAGUCAGCCUUGGAUGGAACAUCAAGAAAGGAAGGUGAGUUCGAAUUACCAAGCCUAGAUAAAUUUUUAGUUAAGCAUAUGACAAGACUUGAAAGAGAGGUUUGUGAAGCCAAGAAAAACCAUACGAAUGAAACAAAAUUAGGUAAGGGUAGCUCUUGUAAAUCUGUUGAUGGAACUCCAUCGGAGUGCAUACCUGAUUUGGGAAGUAUUCUGGUGAAGAAGAAUUAUUCAAAAUUAGAGAAAGAGAUCAAUGAAGCAAAGAUUAAGUCAGCAAAGGAAAUGCUAGGAGCAUCAAGUGGCAUGCCUAGAGGCCAAAAAGAUCACACAGAAGUACCAGGCUUAGACAAGGUCUUAGUGAAACAUGUCUCAAGGCUUGAAAAGGAAGUUAAUGAAGCCAGAAAGAGAACAGCCAAUGAGAACAAAAGUUUGAAAUCGACCUUUUCUUCUGGUGAAGCAUUAGACACAAAAGAAAAUAUAAAUUUGAAUAUGAUAGAGGAAAACAAAGAUGGGUUGGAGAAGAUUUUGGUAAAGCCAGUACACAGAUUGGAAAGAGAGAAGUUGCAGGUUUUAUCACAGGGAAGCCGGGUUGAAAACUACAGACAAAGAAAGAGUCAUGGUGCAACUAAUGUGGCAGAUUGUGAGAGUUUGGAUAAAGUUUUGGUAAAGCCAGUACACAGAUUGGAAAGAGAGAAGUUGCAGGUUUUAUCACAGGGAAGCCGGGUUGAAAACUACAGACAAAGAAAGAGUCAUGGUGCAACUAAUGUGGCAGAUUGUGAGAGUUUGGAUAAAGUUUUGGUUAAGCGCGUAUCUAGACUGGAGAAGGAGAAAAUCAAUAUCGGGGAUGAAUGGGGCGAAGUUAAGAAAAGUUUCCGAAACGACCGUUUGCAGACAAAUGAAGAAGGUGGUGGUCUGGACCAAGUUUUGGUUAAACAUAAACCCAGACUUGAGAGGGAAAAGAUGGCUGCUGCUGCUCAACAGCAAGAUAAUCCAAUUAGUUUUUCUGUGGCUCGACGCAAGGCUAGGGAGAGAGAGUUGGAAGAAGCCUGGGGAGGACUGAGCUUAGGAAACUCCAUGAAGCCUAGUGUCUCCAAGCUUGAACAAGACAAGGCUGCAUGGAUUAAAGCUGAAGCUGAGGAAAGGAUGCAAGCAACGGAAGCAAUAUGAUAAGUUGAUAACAACAAGUACAUUGAUUAUCUCAUCUUUGUUGAUAACAAGAAAUUUGGUUCCAUUGAAUAUGUAAAUGUUGUUUUUUUUUUUUGAACAAAACAAAAUGGAAUUAUAUUAACACAACAACAACAUUUUCCAAGCACAAGGUGUGCCUAGGAAACUACUACAAGAUACAAAGUGUUACAGAGUCCAAAAUGUUACAAAUAUCAGCUUAAUAUUUGUUCUCAAUUAGAACAGAAAAUAAAAAAAAUUUGUUGCAUAUUGGUUGACACAUUAUACUAGCCCCUCUCAAACUUGGUUUUCGUUUGUUUGAUAUACCCUUUAUGUGAUUUUUUUUCCUUUAUAAUGAAAACUAUAUUCGACCA